AUGGUCUCUAAAACAGUCAAAAUUCAUGAGCUGAUAAACACUUGCGUGAUUCUCGCUCAAAGAUCAGCACCAGCAGUAAGAUAAGUACAAAGAUCUGGCAGCUUCAACAUCGUGUAGAAAGGGAUUUCCUCACUGGACGUCUGUUCUGAAGCUGAUCUGAUUAUGCACAAAACCAUCUCUCACAAUCUCAAGCAACUUUACUCACAUGUGAAAACUAUUUGUGAGGAAGAUGAUUCAGCUUCUCCAAUGCACAUCAGACCCAAUUUCCAGCCAGAUUAAGUCAUCAAAAAAAGAACAACAAGGCCCGUCUUCACCCCAGAAAUUCUUUCAAAUUCUUCAAAACUCAGAAGAACUCAAUACAAAAAACAUUUGAAUGAAUUGAUAUAAUUGAAUCCUGAAUUCAUUCAUGCCUCAGAUGUUCAAAGAGGACUAGAAAACAACUUCUAAGAUGAGUAUGACUAAAAGGACUUAACUAUCUGGAUUGACCCAUUAGACGGUUCCAGCGGUUUAGCUGAAGGUCACACAGAGCAUCUAACUUGCAUCAUCGGAGUAGCAGUUAAAAAUAGACCUCUUUUUGGAAUCGUGCACAAGCCCUUUAGUCCUGAUAAAUCCAGCAACACCGGGAGGACCCUAGUAGGAGUCCCACAAUGUGGUCUAUUCUCAGUCAAUAACUGCGGGGGAAAAUCUUCCGAGCCUCAAUCAAUUCACGUGGAGCCUUUCAGUAUCGGUGAAUCCUCGAUUAAUCAGGAAGAUUUCCAACCUAGGGUAUGUGGCUCUCACAACAAAAAUCAAUACAAAAUGAACCACAUCAUCUAAGCUCUAUAACCCCAAAGUGUAGAGAGAGUCGCUGGCUCAGGCAACAAGUUUGUCCACCUAGCUGAAAAUAGAUCUGACUACUAUCUUAACUUUGUUCCCGGAUUUAAAAACUGGGAUAUGUGCGGAUCUGAAGCUAUUUUAUCGGCAAGAUUUGGAGUAGUUACUGAUGCCUAUCAAAAGCCUAUUCAAUACAAUGAGGAUUCCCAAUCUCACACUAUAAAAACAGGCAUCAUUGCUGCCAAGAAUAAAGAUAUUUACUAAGUCUGCAAACAGAGAAUCGAGGAUUCAACUCAAAUGUCCCUCGAGCUUAAUCAACACAUGAUUGCUACUGAAGCCCUCCAAAUUAAACUAAGGAGGAAACUUGAGUAAUAACUAUAAGGUGGGAUUCAAGAAUCAAGACUUUAUCCUUCAUUCUGA